UAUAAUUGAUUCUCAACAUUGAAUGACCUUUCUUUUUUUCUCUUAUCUUUAUUCUAUCUUAAAAUUCCAAAGCAAAUUUCACUAAUUAUAUUGUAGUAAUUACAAUUCUUGUUGCAGAAACACAUUCUGAUUCAGAAAUCCAAUCUAUCUUUUCCAACUGCUUAAAACAAUCCAAUGCCAAGUAGAAAAAUUCAGUCAUUCAGGGUUUUUGUGGCAACAUGGAAUGUGGGAGGAAAAUCUCCUGACUAUAGCUUGAAUUUGGAUCAGUUUCUUCAUAUUCAAAACCAGCCAGACAUUUAUGUUCUUGGAUUUCAGGAAAUAGUUCCACUAAAUGCUGGAAACGUACUCGUAGCUGAGGACAACGAACCAGCAGCAAAAUGGCUAGCUUUAAUUGACCAAUCACUCAACAGAUCAUCGCCUCUAACAUUACCAAGAAACACAGAGCCCUUCAAAAGCUGCUCUUCACUGUUCCAAAAACCGUCUCUAAGAAGAGUCUGUAAGAAUUUCAGAACAGAAAGUGUAAGAAAACUGAAAACCUGCAACUGUAAUAACAAUAAUAAUAACGUGUUAGAAAGGAAGAACAGUAAAGACUUCUGUCUAUGGUGUCCGCCUGCAAAUUUAAGUGAAGACGAUGAAUUAAUUCCAUUGGAGGGUGACAAUGAAGAUGAUGAAGGUGGAAGCUAUGGCGGAUCUUCAGGAACUGAUCGGCAGAAGAAAUACAGUCUGAUAGUUGGUAAACAAAUGGUUGGGAUAUUUCUUACGGUUUGGGUUAAGACAGAGCUGGUUCAGUAUGUCAGUCACUUGAGAGUCUCUUAUGUUAGCCGUGGGAUCAUGGGUUACUUGGGAAACAAGGGUUGUAUAUCAGUGAGCAUGUGUUUGCAUGAGACAAGCUUUUGCUUUAUCUGCAGUCAUUUGGCAUCUGGAGAAAAAGAGGGUGAUGAACUCAGGAGAAAUUUUGAUGUCAUUGAGAUUCUUAAAAAUACUCAGUUUCACAGAACUUGUAGAUCACCUUCCACCAGAAUACCUGAGAAAAUUAUUGAACAUGACCGUGUGAUAUGGUUAGGGGAUUUGAAUUACAGAAUAGCUUUGAGUUACUCGGAUACUCGAAAGAUCGUUGAGCGAAAUGACUGGAAUGCCCUGUAUCACAAAGAUCAGCUAAAGAUUGAGAGGGAUGCUGGGAGAGUUUUAAACGGUUGGAAAGAAGGAAAAAUCUACUUUGCACCCACUUACAAAUACUCCUACAAUUCCGACAAUUACGCCGGAGAGACUACAGAAUCCAAAAAUAAAAGAAGAAGUCCAGCUUGGUGUGAUAGAAUACUUUGGCAUGGUAAUGGGAUACAUCAACUUUCGUAUGUACGGUGGGAAUCUCAGUUUUCCGAUCACCGGCCGGUGUGUUCAACAUUUCUGGUUGAUGUACUUAUUACUGAGGAUGAUGGAUUGAAGAAUUAAUGGAUCACCACCAAGCUUUUAAAUGGAAAAGGCAAAGUGAACAAUAAUUAUAUAUUUGCCUCUUUCUAUAAAUUAAUUGUUUCACUUAAUUUGAAAAGUGAUUGGGAGAGUUUUAUUAUCAAUUUUAAUUCUGCUUCUUUUAUUUUGCUUUAUAAUUUAAGAGUGGUAUACAUGCCGGAGCAUAUGAUGGAGCUAAGAUUGCUAUAUUAACGAGUCAAAUCGCAAUAUGGAUUAUAUAUAAAGGACAAUUUUUAAA